ACGCUUGCCAUUGACCAUUCCUGUUGAUUUCAUUCCGUAAACGUUUUACCAUGUGCUUGUGUUGUUUUACAAUCUCCACCGCCGAAGUCGGCGUCAUUGAACGCUGGGGCAAAUACAGUCGCCUCGUACAGCCCGGACUCAACGUGAUUUGCUGUCCCAUGGAGUCGCUCGUGGGCAAACUCAGUUUCCGCGUGCAGCAGCUCAACGUACGCGUCGAAACCAAGACUCUCGAUAACGUCUUUAUCACUUCCGUAGUAUCCGUACAGUACCAAGUCCUCCGCGACAAGGUGUACGAGGCCUUCUACGCGCUUUCCAACCCCGCCAGACAAAUCACCGCACACGUCUACGACGUGAUGCGUUCGCAACUACCCACACUCGAACUGGACGCCGUCUUUGAAGCCAAGGAAGACCUCGCGCUAGCCGUCAAAAACGCACUUUCCGAAAUCAUGACUACGUACGGAUAUCAGAUUGUGCAAACUCUCAUUACCGAUUUGGAUCCGGAUCAGCGCGUGAAAAACGCCAUGAACGAAAUCAACAGUUCCAAGCGACUCAAAUACGCCGUGGCGGAGCGUGCCGAAGGAGACAAGAUCCUCAAGGUCAAGGGCGCCGAAGCCGAGGCCGAAGCCAAGUACCUUAGUGGUGUGGGUGUCGCCAAGCAGCGCAAAGCCAUUGUCGAUGGCCUGCGUACGUCAAUCGUCGACUUUUCCGAUCACGUGGAAGGAUCCAGUACCAAGGAAGUUAUGGAUUUGUUGCUCUUGACACAGUACUUUGACAUGAUUCGCGACGUGGGAGCCGAGAGCCACUGUAAGACAACCUUUGUCCCAUCGUCUCGGGGUGCACCCGACGACAUGCGCAACGCACUCCUGCAAUCGGCCGCCGGAAGACUCUAAAAAGUUUGCGUCCGAACGAUGACUACCUAUUUCUGUCGUUCUCCUCGUUUUAUUGCCUUUUGCUCCUUGUUUUUCUUCGCGGCAAUCCGCGAUUCUAAUCUGUUUCGUGUCUCAAUAAUCGUACUACGUUUCUUUUAUACAU